UAUACUCUAACUUUCCUUAUACCUCACAAUAUUACAUAGCAUAUUGUACGGAAAAUUAUUCAUUUUUACAUACAUCAGUAAUUUGUCGAUAACUUUCAUUUCACUUUUCAUCAAUUUCACAAUACUUUCAACAAAAUAUUUUCAUCGGGGAUAAUCUAACGGAAAGUUCUCAUUUAGUACGUGUAUCGAAUUAGCACAAUGCAGUCGAAGAUGAGCAUAAGCCAGUCUUAAAUACAAGACCCGACUAUGAAUACCGCCCCCUUCCCCCUCUCUCCUCGCAUCGGCGGGCGCCCGCUCGAGGGAGGUACGCGCCUGCACGCCAGACGACAUUUUCGGAGACCAAGCAGAGAGCGGCUGGUCCGCGCCGUUCCUCUGCGCAAAAGCCGACCGCUUAUUGUGUCGCAACGGGAAAGCGUCCGCGUACAGCAGCGUCCGCCACGGCUUCUUCCGGAGCUACUGGGUCCGCGCUCGCGAGCGGAUCGUCGCGAGUCUUGGCUCGCGAGUGGCUCGUCGCCGUCGAUCGGCUGCCGUCUCGUCGUCGUUCAUUCGCCGCUCGCGUCAGUGCGUUGUAACGUACAUCAUCGUCACCGUGCCAGUGCGAUAUAUCCGAGGCGGAAUCGCACAUUUUUCGGGAAGCGGGUGGCGGUUCGGACGGUGGUCACCGCGUCGUCGCGCGGCCGUCCAGCUCCUCGCUCUGUUCCCCUCUUUCGCUAGCGAGGCGCGAGUUUUGUCGUCUCAUUCGUCGAGGAAGCCACAGUCGCUCCAUGAAGAAGGCGACGUUACGCGAUCGAUAACCCGCCGACGAUCUCGGCACGCUCGGACGACAACCAAUCGACGAGUAUACACACGCGCUCUCGGCAAGUGACUUCAAUUCGACUCUUUCGCUCGCUCUCUCUCUCUCUCGUCUCGCGACUUCCUGAGCUUCGCCGCGUGAGUGAGUGUCCCCGCGUCGGAGGUGUGGUGCCGCCUGCGACAUUGUGUCGAACGCGCAUACGUGUCUACUGGCAUCUGCCAUGCCGACGGCAUCGGCGUGAACCGUCGGACUCGUGUCAGGAAUCGCGCGAGGCGCCGGCGGCGACGAUGAGCCCGUUCGUCAGCUUCGUCGGCACGCGCGCUCGGAAGAGCAAGUAGGCGACGCGUCCUCCGCGUUGCACGCGGGUGCACGCGAGGGGAGAGGGGGAGUCCACGCGCGAACAACGCGCGCGUGAGGUGUAUAUGUGGGUUCGGCUGUGCACGAGUAGCAGUGUGUGCGUGAUAUAUCCGCGAGUGGGAGAGAGUUAGGGAGAAAGAAAAAGAGAGAUUCCUUCGCGGAUGGACUUUUCCUCGUGGGUCCGCGUCAUAUUCGGCCGAAGGAGGAGGAACGCACGCGUGCGUUCGUUGUCGCGGCUCCUGCGCGGCGGCCAUUUUGAAUCGACGUGUGCCCAGCGCGGCGGCAGCGGCGAUUGUCAACGUAGUCUUCGCGCGCGCCGUGGAACGCCAAAAUUGGACGGUUUUUCGUGUCGCGCUGAUCGCCGAGGGAAAGGGUGAAAGAGAGAGAGAAGAAGAGACGCCUCGCUUCUUCUUCUGCUGUUUCGUGCGCGAUUCCUCCCGCAUGGAGGGAAAAAGAAAGAGUGAGUGAAAGAGAGAGACAGAGAGAGAGAGAGAGAGAGAGAAGUGGCUGCCUCCCCGGGGCGUUCGUGUUCUAGCGUGCGCUCACGCACGCGCCCGAUCGCGCGCGCACCUAACGCGUCGUACAUACGUACAUACAUACGUCGUGCUCCAGCCAUGGUGCCACACAGCCGGGCUUUCUACUUUCAAGAGGGAACGCCGAUAGGCGGAACAGUGACACUCUUGGAGCCACUCGCUCCUCCACCGCUUCCAACAGCGCGAUUCGAUAAUCCUCGUCGGCUGAUACCGAGGAAAUAAGAAAAAAAAAGAAAUCCAUACUCCAGAGAGAGAUAGAGAGUUGCGAGCACACUCGACAUUGAACGCGCGAGGAGAGGGAGAGAGAGGAGAGACGCACGUACACACUGUCUGCCCACUCGGUCAUACACACACACGGCUGGAUCCACCCGCUCUCUCGCAAUGCGUCGCUCGUUCGAAUUUGACAUGUGACCGUUGCGUUUACGUAAGUUGUCUCUUUCUCUCUCGAGUUCCGAACGGACGCGAUCGUCGAAGGGACAUUCCGCGUCACUCCGAGAAUCCUUCUUUCCUUCCUUCGUGACUUCUCGUGCGCGCUGUGCUCUCCGCGAGUGACACACGGACACAACGCCGACGAACGUUGCGUCGUCGCGAACGCGAUCGAUGACUCCGCGAGAGACAGCUGUGUGCGCGAGUUGACAGCCCGUUCGAGAAGCUAACCUCAAAUCUUGGCGAGCGAGCGAGCCCCUGUCGUCGAGGGCCGCGAAGCGUCAUCACCGACGAGACGGCGUUGGUCGAGCAUCGACCGUGGUCGCCCGUGGCAGCUGGAGGAGUAACGGGAGGAUCUCCCGAAUUCGCGAGGAACCUCGCGCGAAGUGAGUGAGGCUGACCGUCAACGGUGAACGACCAUUUUCGGGGCCAUUUCGUCGUUCUCGUCGCGGAGGAUCCGCCGUGAGAACCGCGUUGCACCGAUACAAUCGCGCGCACAGAAUCAUCAUCCCGGACCUUGCGGGUUUUCGCCCGUGCUCUUCUAUCGGACCGGCUAUUCCCGGAUUAGGUGACUCGUCCUUGUCUAGGUUAAGUCAGCUCCUAGCGUCCGCGACUCGCUGCCCCUUUUCUAAAGUUAACACCUGCGCGAUCAGCGCUUGACUUUUCCAAAUUACUAACGAAUUUCGUACACCAGCUCGCAACCGAACCUUCUUCCGGAGCGACAGAUCCCAACAUCGGUGAUUCGCGUAUGGUAUUCUUUUAUUUUUAUUUUCUAGGUCAACGCCUAGAUAUCAGCGCGCACAGACUGCGGCUCUAGCCUGAUCUUUCCUAGAUUAGCAACUUGAAGGACUUGUCGUCCUUCCCUGGGUUAACCGAUUCUAGAUUAGCGACCGCUCUUUCCUCUCUCUCUCUCCUGUGAUCGAUACCUAGAUCAACCACCGGCGGCAUUGUCCUUUUCUAAGUCACAAUCCCACUUGUAACCGAAGAGCGGGAAAAGGAGACAGAAUUAAAUCGGGAUUAUACGGACUAGCGCCCCGCCUCGGCAUCGGUGCAACCGGUCGACGUCGUCCGUUAACUCGAUACAUUUGUCAUCGAGGCAUAUCGGUGAUGUGAGACGCCGCUCGUCUGUGAGUCGCCAGCGCAGCGUAGCGGGGUCGUCAAUGCGGCACGGGUCGCCGACAAAUCCGCGAAUAGUGCUCUCGGGGCACGGUGGUCCUUGAGGGAUCGAGAAAAGAAAGAGAGAGAGAAAGAAAGAACGCGAGAGAGAAAAGGAGAGAGAGAGAGAGAGAGCAAGAGAGAUGACGAGGAGGGAGCCAUGAGCACGGCGGACACCGCGCUGUCAAUUUCAAUCAAGAUGGCCCCAGGGCCGGAACAUCGCCAGGAACCGGUAGCUCCUGACAAAAUAGCCGAGAACAAUCGUACCGCCGCUGCCGAUGUCGUUGUCGACGUGGAGAACAACGUCAGCGUCACCACGACGACCGGCAGCAGCAACAACAAUAACAAUAUCAACAACAACAACGACGCAACCUCUGUCGCCGCUCCUGCCGCCGCCGUCGUUGUCGCGGAACAAAGUUCGAACAUCGAGAUCGCCCCGGCUAAUUCUGCCGCUGGCGCCGAUCCGACCAACCAAAGCUCGCCGCCGACAAGCAGCGCCGUUGACAGUAAACAGGAAGAACCAGCCACUCUUUCUGCAUUAAAUGAGGGUGAACUACGUGCUUUGCUGGACGAAGCUAUAACAUAUAAGUGUCCAAAAGACAGAGAAGGGAAAUCUAAUCUUUUUAAGGAACUUUUACAAGAAGCAGAAGCAGACGAGACUGAGGAAGGACGUAGGGUGAUAUCCAAUUCGCGCUGUCUGCCUGGCUCAAAUCGUAGAAGACACAAACGGGAAUCCGUAUCCGAGCGUCUGACACACGGAGGAUCAUUACAAAAUUUGGCACAACCUAUCGCUUCAGAGUUCGAUAGUAGUUUUGCUUACUUGACGUCUGGAUCGUGUCACACUUACGGCAGCAGUAGAAGGAAGAACAAAAAAUACACGGGACCCAGUGUCUCCGCUAGGCAGAGAGAGGGUGGAUCAUUACCGUCGAACGUGAACGCAUCGCAUAGCCUUGCUUCUUUGGCCAACUUAGAUCUAAUAUUUGACAAGAAGAAGGGGUUCUGCGAGGAGCGACCGGUGUACGAUUGGACUAAUAAGGAGAAAUCCAAGUCUCUAGACAAACCGUCAUAUACUAGUACAAAGAAGGAAGACAAGGAGAAAGACAAGAAGGACUUGAAGAGGGACGUCGUUAGUUCAGGCGAGACAGAAUCGGAGACACGUGAGAAGAGAAUUAGCAAAGGAAAGUACGGAACCAAUGAGAUGCUGGAUUCCGAUAAUCCACCUCCGGAAUAUAAGUCGGACUACAUGGUGAUCGAUUUGGGCGAUGUUGAGGUAGGUGCUAUCAGUGAGAGGAAUAUUGGAUCCGCAGCAAGCGGAGUUCAAAGACCUCGCUCAUUAGACACCGAGAACGACGAAGGAACUGAAAUGAAAAUUAUUGAACCACGUAAUAAGCCACCUGUUCAAUAUAUCACACGGGCGACUUUCGACAUAACGCAGACCCCUGUGGACACCACCAUAGAAUUUCCUAUUCGUGAGCACAAGCAAGAAAAGUCGAAGAUAUCUGUUAAUGGUACCGAGGUGACGGGGGCUCUAUCGUUUCAACCGCACAACAGCGUAAAAUGCGGUAUAGCUUCCAAUAGUUCAAGUAGCAGCCAGGGUAAGGUCGUACCAAGUUUGUGCUCUGUAAUGCCAGCAUCUUGGCAAGCGCAGAAUAUAACGAUGGAAGGCCCCAGGUAUGCAACGCAGCACAUCACAAUGAAGGAUCCAUCAGUGUCCGGGGAGAAGAAAUCCUUGGACGAGAAUGGUAACUCCUUACAGACGUACAACGGCGAGCGAAAGAAGCCCAGGAGGAAACACACUCAGGAGCACAACGUGAAAGUUUACAAUUCUGAGAACGUCGAAGGUCAUCGUCAUGACAACAAUAUCGAGGACCUGCUUAAUUUCAUCGAAAAUGGCACCUCGAAGAACAAAAAGGGCAAGACUGGUAACCCUGUUAGGGUGAAAACCAGCUCCGGCACAAAACCGAGAACCAGAGAGAAAGACUCCAAGAGGGAACAACUGCCUUCGAAACUUCAGAAAUCCAAUUCUCUGGAGGAAAUCUCCAAGACUAAACUGGAAGACUUGACGACGGAGAAGAGUGUUAGUUCCAGCGGUGCCAGUAGCAUAUCCAGUCAACAUGGUACGAUAAACGUGGCCUUGCGACGCGCAAAGCAAAAGAGCACCGGAGACGCGACAGUUGACAGUCGAGGCGAUAGACGAUCCUGGGGCACGGAGGAAGGUCAAUCGAUAUAUUGCAACGACACGGGGGAGGAUUACACGAACCGGCGUAAUUCUAACAAGAAGACGAACCCAGAACCGGAACAGGAGACCGAGUUCCUGGUGGUUACGAAGAAGAAGAAGAGCAAGAAGCAGAGGAGAAGCUCGAGCGGUAGCAGAGCGCAAAAUCUCACCACAUCGGGCUCGUACCUGCAGAAUUCCAGGGGAUUCUCUAACGAGUAUAGAACACCGGUUUCUCCUGAACUUCGAAGAAAAUCGGCGAGCAGCAUGCCUCCGAGCGACAAGUCGGACAGCAGCGAUCUGGAUUCAGUCCACUCGUUGCCGGUCACGUCGAACAGCACGAAGCACAAUCUGUCGAAAGUCGCGACGUCGUCGGGCGGCACACCGCAGGCGAGUUACGCGGACAUCGCGCGGAUGGCCACCAUUAACAUGUCGCACAGCUCAGUACUGAACAUGUCUGCGAUCGUACCGAGCAUGCUGAACGCAGCGUCGUGGCCGAGCGUGCCGCCCAAGACUCCGUCGGAGCCGGACAAGGCGCCCCAGGACUAUUACCCGAGCCUGGACGAGAUACAACAUUCGGAGAAGAAAGUGAGGCAGCAGAACUCCGGCCACUCGAAUCACGCGGCGGCGAGCUUGAGCCUCGCAUUCGAGAAGCCGCUCUCGCCGACCCUGACGAAGGGCAAGAACUCGUCGGACGGUAAGAAGGCCGCCGAGGUCCAGGAGGAGGCGAUCAACAAGAACAUCCAGGUGUUCAAGUACGUGCAGGACAUCGAGAAGAUGCACGAGAGCCUGACGCAGCAGGAGCCGAAGCACCUGGCACCCGCUCACACGGCGGCGGCGAGUCCCGGCGGCGAAACCGUCGCGGUGACGACGAGUCCUGCGACCGCCAAUUCCACGACAGCCCGAUUGAAUAACAGCACAGCGACGAACUACAAUCCGGUCGAUGCCGCCGACACGAGCAUCAACUGCUGCACCGUCAACAGUAAGGACUCGGCCGCUCACGCGAGAGCUAACAACAACAACCCCCGCUCUCGUCGCACCUAUGUACAUAGCAAUCAAAUUCCACAAGCUCAGGGACCGUACGAGGAGCAACAGCACGUGAAGAAGACCGCUUGUCCCUACCACGACGAAGCGGUCACUAAGAAACCGCACAACGCCGACGUUCCCGAGGGCAAGGCCGCCGGGAAUCCUACGAACGCGCUGCCCGACAAUGCAGACGCGCCGAGAACGACGAAGGCGGCCGCGAAACCCGUGCAGGAGUCGCAGCACAGCACGGACGAGGCUGACGGCAACAACAAGACCGCUCGACGGGACAGCGAUCCGAAGCCGAGGGUCGCGAAGGAGUAUCAGAACACCGUCGCGACGAAGCACGACGCGACGCUGGCCAAGGCUACCUGCGGCCAGAACUCGAAGCAGGACGGUCAGCAGGACGAGAGCAAGAAGACGACGACGAGAUCAUCGCUGAGCACGACGCAGCAGCCCGACAAGGAGCAGAGGCCGACGACGGAGGUGCAGACGAAGAGCUCCGCUCCCAGGCCGGCGGUGAUACUCUUGGACGAGCCCACGUCCGACAUCGCCAAGAACAACAGCCUGCCGACCGAGCUGACGUUCGGCUUCGAGAUAAACGAGCAGCUGCUGCUGUCGGAGGACUCCAACAACGAGGAGACCUCGAGCCCAGUGUUCACGGCCGCCGUGCCGCCGCCGCCGCUCGUCAACAAACCGCCGGCCAGCUUCGCGGAGAGGAGCCCGCCGCCGGCCGCUGUGUUCGAGAAACCCGUGAGAUACGACAAGUUUGCGGCCAAUUAUCACAUGCAGCAGCAGCCGUCGUCGAAUGCGCACGUCGUCACGCCGCCACCGCCGCCGCCGGUCCAUCCGGUCAUGGUGCAGCCGUUGCCCGCGUACAUGAGCUAUCCCACGAGGUUCCCGCCGCCCACGUAUCUGCCGCCGCCGCCGCCGCCGCCGCCCGGAAUCGUGGAGAAGUUUCAUCAGCCGAAGGAGGACUUCUCCAUGCUCUACGUAGCGCCGGAGGAGGAGCUCAACGUGCAGACGUACAACCACGAUAAGAUCGUGACGUUCGUCGGCUUAGCGUGGGACGCGGUGAUGAGGGAGAUACCGAUCACUUCGAGCGGCCGCAUACAGUUCUACAGUGGACAGUGAAGUGAAUGUUGUCGGCGCACCACGAUCGAAAUAACAGGCAAUAAGAGUCCUUUUGUACUGGUCAAAGCUACUUCCAUUACAAAUAGAUAGUUCGACGAGUCGACUGUCGCUGAAACGCGCGCGAAAACCACAAGCAAAACUCCACGCGUGUUGUGUCGCACGCAGUUGCCGCUCCCUCUGGUCGAGCGUGCGUGCGCGAGCGGAUUUUUUCAAGAGUGACCAUUCGCUCGGAGAACCAUCUGUUUCGCUUCAUUCGAGUCGUAUGCUAAGUCAGUGCGAAAUUAGUGAAGCCGAACGGCGCGAGAAGUGUGCCUCAAGAGAUAAUAAUAGCGAUGUACAUAUAUAUAAUCAAUCCACCAAAAAGGGGGAAAAAAUAAAGGAGAAAGCGCAGUGAAGAAGACGGAGGACGAAGUGUAAUAUGUACACCCGGCAUAUAUUGUACAUUGUGCUCGCGCAAAAUCUUCUCACGAAGGUUGGACGGAUGGUAAAUCGUAUAGAAAUUUCAGUAUUGACAAUUAGCGACGUUCCCCGGAAAACUAUCGAAGAUAGUGGAAGAAGAAGACUUCCUUCCUUUUUUCCUUCCUUCCCCGCGCGAGAGAGAGUGAGAAAGAGAGAGAGACUGUGUAUCCUGUCUCUUGGAGAUACGAAGGAGGAAACUUACAGUGUUCGAGUCACGCGUGUAUAUACGUUAAGUAUCCGUGAUAAAAUUCUCGAGGAUAAUUCUCUCCGAGACCUCCGUGCAUCAGUGUACCGAAGUUUCAGACGAAAAUGAAUGGAGAAGUUCGAAGAAGUGCUUCGGAGAAACGCUACGAAAAAAAGCUACGAGAGAGAGGGAGACACGAACUCGCGAUACAACCAGGACUACCGUGAAGCGGGGGUGGGGGGUAUAUCGAAGGAAGUUAUAGCCUCGCACUGUGACAGUGGUGUCUCCCGGUGCCUUUAGACUCGUGAAUCUUUAGGCUGUAGUCGGGGAAACCUGCUUAAUAAAUGAAAUGAUUUUACCGUGAGAGACCGUGAAAUUUGUGAGAGGUAACGCUAAACACACACACACACACUUACGGAUUGGGUUUCUUCGAACUCCAUGAGCUGGGGACACUUCAUUGAGACACUGAAACAGAAAGAGAAAGGGAGGAAGAUUACAAACCAGCCGGCCGAGUCUUUGCCGCAAAUACCGCAAAAGUCAAAAUAUACAGAUAUCGGAAACUAGAUGUACUUUAUUCGACGCAAGUGUAUAAUGCAAGUUAAGACGUGUGUGCGGAUGUGUGUGUGUGUGUGCGUUCGGGGAGAUGAUGAAUGUAAAUGCGCGCGAUUGCGAAAACACGUGUACAAUAUACUGAGAUGAUGAUAUAGCGUGGUUGAAACUUUCAAGGAGAGACUUCUCUCAGAGUGGCUACUUCUUCCAGCUGUGGCAGUCGAGUCUAGUUAAAGCAACAAUAAAAAAGGGGGGGGGGAGAAAAAGAUUAAAACAAAGUCAUUAACUGGGUUUUGGGAAAACGAGCCGCCGCCUCAAAGUCUGGUCAAGACGACAAGUGAGAGAGAUAGGAUUGUGCGAGUGUGUCGAAAAGCGUUAAAUUUUUACACAGACCCGCUUAUUUAAUAAAUAACUAAUAAUUAUUCGUAAUAAUAAUUAUAAGAAGAUACCUGCUUGUGAUCAUAAAAAAAAUACGGCGUGAAUGCGUGUAAUUCGUGUAGACAUUCUUCUAUCUCGCGUGAUCAUGCUAACGAGACCGCUGUUCGAUCGUAACUAAAUAUUAUGCGUCACACGAAUACCUUGUUGCGUAGAGUGAUGAGGGGGAGGGGAGGGUUGUACUCGGAAUGGAAGUUAUUCCAAAUUCAAUGCAUUUCACGAAGUAACGAAUAUUGAAUACUACCGUGACUCUCUUGGCGCGUGUAUGAGCCCGCACGAUGGAACAUGUUUACUUCAUGUUUGAACUGGUGAAUCGUUUUCGUAAUUCAUUUAUUAAUGGAAGAAUCUGUUCAGCCCGAAAAAAAUCAACAAAUUUCAUAUUAUACUUAUGAAUCACUGACACAUACACACACACACAGAGUAUGUAUCAUUUUUAAACUGCCUCGCUUAUACAUGUUAUAUACUGUCUGUACAAUAUGUCCGUUACUUCUUUGUUAUAUUCCAUGAUUUCGCGAGAAAAAGAAAGGAAAUUAACAGUUUAUCGGUAUGAGUUUUUUUCGACGCGUAGAAGAAAGGACCCAUGUCGCGUCCGCGGUGAGCACGUGUCGCGCAGGUGUGGAUGUGAGAUCUGAAGAACAGUCAGUCAGCGCGGUCGUUUUUUUUUUCCAUUUCGUCUGCGAGCUGCGCCUGCGAUUCUACGAGAUCACCGCUUGAACGCAGACGUUCUGCACAAAAGAUAAUAUCCACGUGCAUUAUAUCGAUAUAAUGUGUAUCGUUUGCUCAUUAAAUAUAACUCGACUUUUAUAGGACUCCACGCGCGAAAUACGUUCCUAGUUCCUAAGUUCUUCUUCGUUUUUUCUCUCCUCGAUGUGUCUUACGAACGUCGAUCCAUCAAUUUCGCAAACACGCGGUCUUGCAUUUCUCGGGGCGUUAUUUACAGGCGUAAAAAAAAAAGAAAGAAAGGAAGAGGACAACACACGGAGACAAAAUAAGAAACGCGACCGACAUUGUUUCUCAACGACUCUCUGUAGGCGAAGUAUACACGCCACGUUAAUCUUUUAAACUCGCUGGGAAGUACAAGGGGGAGGGGGGGGGGAGGAGGAAAGAAGGAAGGAGAGAAAGAAACCGAUAUUUAAGUAUACCUUUUUAAAAUCUCUAUGCCUGUAAAUGCCUAAAAAUUGAGCCUAAGAGAUAUCGUGUGUAACAUCGCUUUUAAACUACUAUAAUACACGGCUUUUAAACGUAAGAAAUAUGAAUUCUAUGACCUCAGGCCGUGACGGUCUGCGUAUUGUUACUCCAAAUACGAAACGGAUUAAAAUAUUAUUAAGUGUUCAUUCUUUUACGUUUAAACUAGCCUUUAGUUACGUUUGAACUCGUUUUCGUGAUAACUGUUUCGUAUUACCGAAGCAGAAAUGUAAAAAUAUAUAUUCUAUAUUUGGAAUAAUUGUUCUCACACACAUUGUGAAACGUGUUAUUCUUUACGAGAAUAAUGUUCGAACAGCGGUCUCGUUCAACGAAAGAGAGAAAGUAGGUGAGUGAGUGAGUGAGUGAAACGACGCAGAAACUUAUCGCCUUUAUAGGUAAUGAUAAAAUAAAUUAUCACGGAUAAGUUUCAUAUAUAUAAUAUAUAUAUGUAUAUGUGUAUAUACAUAUGUACAUAUAUACAUAUAUGUGUAUAUAUGUAUAUGUAUAUAUAUAUGUGAAAGCAUGAGAGUGUACUGUCUAUUUAGUAUUAACGCGAAUUAAUUAUUACUCAUGAAUUAGGAUUGAUAAAAAGUUUGUUAUAUAUCGUUUUCUUUUCUUUUUUCGAGAUAUCAAAAUUGUGUAGAAGAAGGAAGAGGGAGAGAGAAAGAGAGAGAGAGUGUGAGAAGGGGGGAGAAGGGAGGAUAUCGUGCUCUGUUGAUAUUUUUUAUUUUGUCCAAUAAGUAGGAGCAAACCAGCUGGGAGUACAGCUUUCGGACAAGCGAGGAAAUUGAGAUGUUUAAUUAUACAAAGGAAGCAUUAUAGGAUACGUAUAUCGGAGAGUAACUUGAAAAAAAAAACGUACAAUCGUAUAUCGCUACCGACAGAAAUCCAUUAUAGGACAUGACGAAAAACAUGAAACGAUUUCUUUUUCGUUUUCUUUUUUUUUCCCUUUUCUUUUUAAGGCAAUUCCGCGCGGAACACGGGUCGAGUGUUACAUCGGCUGCUUUUAGCGGAAAAGACAGCUUUUUUUACAGCAACUGCUGUAAAAUUCGUAAAGCUGGUGGGAUUGUACUCCUUAAUCUUGAUUGAAUCUAAAGAGCGAAAACACCAAUCGGAUUCACGAAUUCUACGAUAGUUGCAAAGCUACCUUCUCCGCUGAACGCAACCAAAUGGUCCACCGAACAUUACGCACACACUUUUAGUUACUGGCCAUUUUUCCUAAUGCAAAGUUUCACCUUCAGCUUAAUCGAGCCGAUUACGUCGAGGUUGCAUUCCGAAAGUUACCAGCGUUACUUUCCCUACAUUUUCGGCCAAGACUUUUCUUUUAUUCGUUUUACACUCUUCCUAUGCACGCAUGCACGCGUAUUUUUUUUUUUUCCUUUCACAACAACGUUCCGCAACAGCGCGAAUUACAUAACGACAAUGCUAAAUUUGUUCUUUUUUACAUGUAUACGAGACUAUGUAAAUUACACUUAUGACGACAUAGUAUGUUUUUGCGAUACGUCGUAUAUCACUGAUUGAAUCACCGAUGGACUUGCUUCUGAACGGAAGAUUACUUUUUUUUUUUUGAGUUAUUUUAAUCCGAUAUGCUGGUGAACUAUUCAAAACAGUCAGGUGCUCCGCUCGCCUUAAAGUAACAGACUGCAGUCUCAGCCUGUGCCAUUGACCGGUUCAAAUGGCUAAGUUAUAGGAGUUCGCGAAGAGUAGUGCAAAUGUACUUGUGCGAGAGAGAGAGAGAGAGAGAGAGAGAGAGAGAGAGAGAGAGAUUAAGCGGGAGUUAUAAGACGCAAGGAGAUAGAGCAAGAGAUAGGACCAUUAACAGUGUAUAUAACGAGUGCGGGGAGGGCAGCUACGUUAACCUGUGUGAACCACAUGCGGAAUAUACAUAACUACUUAACGAUGUCAUUCGAUGGACAGUGGGAAACAUUGCGCGGAUACUUUUUGCUGGAGGAUCAGCCCACAGGACACUUGUUUCUCCGAUUUGCGCGCGCACGAGGAUCCUUUGAUGAGACGCAACUCUGAGAAACGACGGUGAAAACGACAAGAAAGAAAGGAAAGAAAAGAAGCGAGACUACGUUAUACACACAUAUAUAUAUAUAUAUAUAUAUA